AUGUUGCUUUCUAAUGGAGAAAAUGAAACUCAGCUUUCAAACUCUGUUACAAAAGUUUACACUGAUGUGGCUGUUGUUCCUGAGCAACAAAACAACGAGAUUCAACACUUGAUAUCCAAUUUACAGAGAGAGGUUGAUGAACUGAGGGUGAAGCAGAGAGUUGUGGAUGGAAAGAGGAGACAAGCUUUGAGUAAGAUAUUGGAUAUCAAAGGGAGCAUUAGAGUGUUUUGUAGGAUUCGACCGAGUGUUUCGAUAGAGAAGAGAAGAAAUGGUGAACCUGUCUCAGCUGAAUCAGAGAGAGUUCGAGUUAAAUUUGGAGGGACAAGGAAAGAGUUUGAGUUUGAUAAGGUUUUUCGUCAAGAAACAAUUCAAGAAAAUGUUUUUGUUGAGGUGGAGCCGAUUCUAAGGUCUGCAAUGGACGGGCAUAAUGUGUGCGUUUUCGCUUAUGGUCAAACCGGCACAGGCAAGACAUUCACCAUGGAUGGUACAAAUGAGCAGCCGGGGAUUAUUCCUCGUGCUAUUGAAGAGCUCUUUCGUCAAGCAUCAAUGGAUGCUUCGUCUUCUUUUACUUUUUCAAUGAGUAUGUUGGAAGUUUACAUGGGUCAUGUCAGGGAUCUGCUGACUCCAAGACAGGCUUGUAGAACACAUGAACCUCUCACUAAGUGCAAUCUCAACAUCCAAACAGAUCCAAAGGGAUUGGUAGAAAUUGAGGGUCUCUCAGAAGUGCAAAUUUCCGAUAGUGCUAAAGCAAGAUGGUGGUACAACAAAGGAAAACGAUUCAGAUCAACCUCAUGGACAAAUGUAAACGAGGCAUCAAGCAGGUCACACUGCUUGACAAGGAUAAACAUAUUUAGACGUGGGGAUUCUCCGGAAGCCAAAAGUGAAACAAGUAAGUUGUGGAUGGUUGAUCUUGGGGGCAGUGAACGAUUGCUAAAAACCGGGGCCAGAGGACUAACACUUGACGAAGGUCGAGCUAUUAAUCUUUCUCUUUCAGCUCUAGCUGAUGUCCUUGCAGCUUUGAAGAGAAAGAGGUGUCAUGUGCCUUACAGAAAUAGCAAGCUGACCCAGCUACUGAGAGAUUCUCUCGGCGAUGGCUCCAAGGUCUUGAUGCUCGUGCAUAUUAGCCCUUCCGAAGAAGAUGUUUGCGAGACGAUUUGUUCUUUAAACUUUGCAAAGAGAGCAAGAGCAAUAGAGUCCAAUAAAGAAGUACCUAUGGAAUUGAAAAAGCAAAAGGAGAAGAAGAUUAUGGAGCUUGAGGAAGACAUUAUGGAAGCUGAAAAAGAGCGUCAGAGUUUAAGGGAUCAAAUACAGAAGGUUGAGUUAAAGUUAAGCGAGAAUAAAAAGCUCUUUUCAACCAAAUGUAGUCUUAAGGAAAGUGAUGACUUGGAAACUUCUACUAGCCUCAAAGAUGAUUUCAAAGAGGUCACUGAAACACCUAAAGCAUCUAAGAAGUCUAUUCAAAGAAUCUCCAAUUCAGUGCCUCGAUUCAUGAACUCAACUGUUGCUAGUCGACAUAGGCAAAUUGCAGCUGAACAAGAAAUUGGUAGCAGAACAAAAAGUCUGAGAUCAAUAGUCACCAGAAGUUCAAUCCAGUUCCCAUGUUCACAAUCAUUAAGUCAUUCAGAUCUUCGCAUCAAAACAAUACUGCGAAGUUCAACUGGAAAGUCGCGACAAACUGGAACAAAUAAUGUUCCAAAUACUAUCAUUCAUUCAGAAAGGCCUAACUGCAAUGAAUUGGAAUCAAAAGUCAUAAGUCCUCAAAGUACAGCGGUUACAUCAUCAGAUUCGAAUUUGAGAGUAACAUUAUGUCGUCAUAAAAGAAGGAUGUCAAGUCUGAUCUAA